CAAUAGGAAUAUAGGAUACUUCUCACAUCUGAUCAGGCAGAGCACGCUCACUUCUUUUCUAAUCUCUCCUGAGUCCUGAUAUAACAUCAAGUAUCAACCACAAACACAGUUAUACAAUACAAUACAAUACAAUCCAAUCCCAGAGAAGCCAAGCAACACACACAGAGACAGAGACAGAGAAUUUGUGAACGAUGGAGGCGGAGGAGAUCGGCAGGGUGCUUGGUCGAUCUUCGGAUCUCCGUUCCAAGUUCAACGAGUGCAUUCGUAGCCGUAAAGGAGGCGAAGAAGAGGAAGAGAGCAUCAUCGGCAUCCGCGACGCUUUUGAGUCGUUAGACCAGCAGCUCAAUGCCUUGCAGGCACUGCGACAACAACAAAUACAUGAGAGAGAAGCAGCACUUGCCCAGAUUGAUAGCAGCUGCUUGGCAUUGCUUAAUAAACUCAAGGAAUACAGAGGGGAAGAGGAGUUGGAGCUUAUUCAUGAGGUUUCAAUCUUUGCUGGAGAAAUCUUUGAACAUCAUGAUGACCUCCUCCUACCACCAUGCCCAAGGCAUCUUCCAGACUCUAUGUUGGAUGGCAUCUUUGCUUCUCACCUCUUGUGUAGAUCCAAGCUCUUGCAAACUGGGCUCGCUGUUGGUCACACUGAUGAUACCAAGAAGAGCAUUGAUGAAUCAGAGAAGAGGCAGAGUGCUCAGCCUCUUGGAAGUAAUGGAAUUGGAAUUGGAAUUGGAAUUGUGGGAUUUGUGACUAGGUCAGUUAUUGCAAUUGUUGGUCUUGUGUCUAUUCUGAAUUUAACUGGUUUCAAGCCUUGUCAUAAUAUCUGGGAAAGAACCAUUAAGGCACUGCAGCAAUUCAAAUUCUCAGCCGCAGUUCAACGGAGACGAAUUUCAAUGAAGUGCCCUCCUGGUAAAGUUUUGGUGAUUGAAGAUGGAAAACCACGCUGUAUGGUGAAAGAGCGAGUUGAGAUACCAUUUGAAGUGGAUCUUAAGACUCCAAAUGUUACUUAUGGUUUUGGAUGAAUAAUGGAUACCAUCUCAUAAUAAGUUUAGGCAUUCUUGGCAGCUGUGAACAUUUAUCCUAGUAAAUCUGGUGGGAACAUAGAUUACUGCAGGUAUGGACAACAAGAGAGGAUGACCGGGCAGGAAUUCUUAUUAGUUGGUUGAUUUUUAUUGUUAGUUUGCAAAAAAACAGGGAAAUAUCUGAUCAACGUUGUUCAGUAAGAAAA